AUGGGGAACACGCCUUCCACCGAGGCAACCCGGAAGUCGCUUCCUUCUCGUCCGACCUUCCAGCCACAGCCACCACUUCCUAUCGCCAUCACUUCUGCCUCUCCUUCCUGCCCCAAUAAGCUGUCAAAGCCCCGUACACGUCGGCGGUCAACAAUCAGUCGGGCACGAACUUCCGAUGACCUUGCGAGUAGUGUUGGCUCCAAUCAUGCACGCUUUACGACCUCUGGGCCCGGCCUCGUCUCUGCCUUCUCUACUUCCCAACCCCCGCCAUCCUUGCAACUGGACGGUUUUCGGCCGCCUCAUCACCUCGUAUUGCCGGCCUCACCGCCGGCUAUCGGCUCGUCUGCGUUUGCUUACGAGCAACCCGUUGCACCUGCAAUUAGCCGACGGGCCUCUGGCUAUUGGCAGGCUAUGCCCUCUGUAUAUUCGACUCCCGAUGCAGAGCUUGACGUUGCAUUUUUCCAGGAGUACCAACAACAACAGCAGGACCUCCAACUGCAGCAGUGGAAGCAUCAUUUCGACCCCCAACACAGCGAGCAGUCCUACCCAGACGACGAGGAACAGUUUUCGCGGAAUCCAAGACUGAAACCCAAGUCACGCAAGCGAAGUAGCUUGUUUCGAUCACGGUCCUCACGCCGACCGGCUGAGCCGCAGGACGAGCAAAAUUUUCGCCGACGGAACAGCAUUAGCCAGGAAAACCCAUCUACUGGCGAUUGGCACCAUACAUGGGAUGGUGGCCCUAUGACAUACGAACAGGCCCUGAGCCAGUAUUACGGUGGAAGAAUCCCCGAUAGUUGGCCACUCCCGGUCAAUCCACGAGCCUCGUGGAAUUACGACCUCUCGUCAUAUGAAGCCAAGCGGCUACUCCACAUUGUGGAUGGCGACCUUUCUUUCGACCACGGGCUCGAGCAGACUACAGUUGCCUCUGAAAGCAGGGAGCCAGUUGUGUCGGAGGUGACUUGGAAGAGCUCUCAUCCCGUCCAGGAUGGAAGCCGAGGUCUUAGCCGGGCCAACUCCGAUAUCUCCAUGUAUGCACCAGUUCGCCGUCGCUCUAUAGUGCAGGUUCCUGGUGUUGCUACUCGCAGAAGCAGCAGCAGCAGCAUUUUCGCCGGCGGUGUUACAAUGACUCAACAAAGAUUUCGACACAGUGUUUCCACCACACCCAGUCUCUCCCACCAGACCUCUUUUGAGUCUACAGCCCACCGCGUAUUGUCUAUGCCGCCAAUGUCGGCGCUACCAGCAAUUCCAAUACUGUUCCGUCUGCCUGGCUCAAACGACGACACUGAACCUACACCUCGGGUGACGACACCUUGCGACAAGGACUACCAGGCUAUAGGUGCCUUCAAACUGGGCUCUUUGCGAAUCACCAACGGCACUGCUAGCCCCGUGCCCUCACUGGAGCGACCGAGGACGCGUGAGGUAGACACGAACAAGGAAAAGCCUAUCAGCCGUGCUCUCACAUUCGAUAAGAAGCCCUCCAAAAGCCAGAUUCGCCCAGACAACGGAAAGAACGACCUUCAACCAUUUCCCCCGUACGCAGAGCAGUCGUCGGAACCUCUGGCUGAAAUAGACACCCGUCCAUUCAGCGGAUAUACCAUUUCCAAGAAUAUCCCUGGUAGCGAUUUGCCACAAAUCGCACUUUCUGACGAAGUUUUUUCCGGGUUCGUGUUCGACUUGUAUCCGCUAGACGAUGAUCCGUCCCCUCUCAGACUACAGACAACAUCGAAGAAUACAGCCAUGGAGGAUGAUCUCUUUGAAAGCGAGAGCGAUACGCCUGAAUAUCUGCCCGACGAAAUCCUGGACGUUCGUCUUGACCUCAAUGCGAAGUCUGCUGGCAGCAGCGGCUACGCCACGGCCGUCCUCGCUGACGGCAAGACUGCCCAAGGCGCUCAUAUCGUCUCCCGGUCAGACAGUGGCUUUGUUUUGAGUCCCGCAAAGAAAGCAGCAAAUAAGCCGCUCUGCAAGGCCGAUUCGGGCUACAGCUCCAACAUGUCCAUGCGGUCCUUCAAGCAAGCCGCCUCAAACUUCAUGAGUCCUCGUCGUGAUUCCUUCUACAUUGCCGAGCCAAAAUUACCAGAUCUGAACGCCGAUGCCUGCCCAUCGGAUGCCCAAGCUCCCAAUGCCAACCAUGUUACUCUCACCGUCCCGAACUUUAUUGUCUCCCCAUCGCCAUCGCGCUCGUUUCCCUCCGUUCUUUCAAACGACACGCCACUGGUCUCACCGGCGAGCACAGCAGAUGCGAACCCAUCCUCCACUGGAGCCACGAUUGCACUUCCAGCCAUUUCCCACUCGACUGGCACCAUGGCUGCUGAGCUAGGUAGUCCUGUUUUUCAUAACACCAGACUCACAGGCCCACAGCUCGGCCUUUCCAAGAAACGGCACAAUACCCCAACCUCUCUAGAGGUACUCCGGUCUCCAGUACGCGCAAACAGCUAUCCGACCCUAGGCACCAGUCCUUUUCCAAUUACACCGCUCAGCGCCAAGUCUGGUGGCUCGAAAUCGGCCUCGAGUAGUGUGAGUGGCACUCAACGGUCCAGCAAACUACGCCGGCUAUUCAACCGCGGAGCAGCGGCUUACAAGGGCGCACAGACUGGGGCCGACGCUCCGUCCGUUUCCCAGGAUAUGCAGACCAAGCUGUCCGAUCCCGCAGACUUGUCUCCGUUGGCAGCGAGACGGGUGGCAAUGAAGAGAAAAGUGAGCAAAGAUACACUGAAAACAAUUCUCAGUGUGGGCAGUCUCGAAGCGUGCAGCGCCCUCGAAGUACAGGCAAACGGACCGGUGGGGAGUAUGCCGCCUACCACGUCCAAACUGCCAGGCGUCACCGGAGAGAACAGAGAUCAAUCUAGACGGCGGCCUUUGGGCCGGCGCCAUACGUUUCAGAAUGUUCCAUCAUCACUGGCUCACGCGGCGGCGUCUGUGAUGUCCCCGCGGAAAGCCGCGCAUAGGAAAUCUGCACUUGAAGGGACAGUGCUCGAGCCGAUUGAGAAUACGGGAAGCGCUGAAAGGAGCAGAAAGAGCAGAGAACAUGGGAGAGGUACGAAAGCAAGGCAGACAGAGAAGCUGAGGGAGAAGACAUCGCGUGGAUUCCAGAAGCCGACCGAAAUGCCCUCGCUGAUAAAGGCCUUUGGAGCCGAAGCGAGUCUGGCGGAUCGAAAUACCCCCAACAGACGAGCGAAUGGAUCCAGCGCAACUUCCACAGCCAUGAGCGAGGCGCAACAUGAUCCUCUGGCUACCCCAUCUAGCCUUCGAAGCCGAACGAUGAGCCUGACGGCCCAGCUUGAACGCAAUUUCAACAUGAAACUGCCCUUUUCUCGAUCUUCGAGGCCGACUACUGCAGACGCAGAAGAAGAGAAACAACAGACUAGCGCCAAGCUUCCGGUGACUAUAUCGAACCCGAUUUUGUCAUCGUCGGCCCCCGAAUCCUCCGUACGAGCCUCUGCAAGACUCGUGCAAGCCGAGCAUGGCUACAGCAACGGGCCAAGACGCGAAGGACAGUCGGCCCGUGUGCAUGGGCGCUGCAAAUCGAAGUUCUCGGCUCACAACCUCACCAGCCUGGAUCACAAAGCUUCUUCCAGUAGUCACCCACGGAUGGCCGCACAGCCGCUGUCCCCAUAUUCCCUAAAUGCUACAUCGCCGUACGAGUUGCGACACCGAGCUAGCUGCGACGACUACAGCAAUGUGCCGACCAGCAAUGGCCGCUGGCGUAGCGGAAGUGACGGUACCGACGACAAUCGUUUCCAGCAGCAGCAGAACCACCAGCAAAAGGCCUGGGACCACUACUACCGGCAACACGGCAGUCAGCUGCCUCCGUCCUCACCUCGUGGCUACCACUAUCGCAACCAAAGCACAGGCUCACGCGGCGGCACCCAGGCGCCAUAUCGCAUCCUGCACAGCUACAACUCGCCAGCCUAUCGCAACGCGCCCAUCUGGGGCUGA